AUGGGCAACUCUAAGGUUUUCUUCGACAUCGAGUGGGAGGGUCCCGUUUUCCAGAACGGAAAGCCUACCUCAGCCGUCGAGGUUCAGCAGGGCCGCAUCAACUUCAACCUCUUUGACGAUGUCGUCCCCAAGACUGCCGCCAACUUCCGCGCUCUUUGCACCGGCGAGAAGGGCUUCGGCUACAAGGGCUCCUCCUUCCACCGCAUCAUCCCCGAGUUCAUGCUCCAGGGUGGUGACUUCACCCGUGGCAACGGCACUGGUGGCAAGUCCAUCUACGGCGAGAAGUUCGCUGAUGAGAACUUCCAGCUGAAGCACGACAAGCCUGGUCUGCUUUCCAUGGCCAACGCUGGCCCCAACACCAACGGCUCCCAGUUCUUCGUCACCACCGUCGUUACCUCGUGGCUUAACGGCCGCCACGUCGUCUUCGGCGAGGUUGCUGACCAGAAGUCCCUGGACGUCGUCAAGGCCCUUGAGGCUACUGGCUCUGGCUCUGGCACUGUCAAGUACAGCAAGCGCCCCACCAUCGUCGACUCUGGUGCUCUGUAA